AUGCAGUACGUCUCCGUCGUGCUCUUCGUAUCCAGUGUGAUGCUGGCAUGCAUCACGAGUUCCACAGUUGAUCCCAGCCCCAAUGUGACCGAGGCCAACCUCCGGGAGAAUAGUCUUCGCCUCUCUACCAACGAUAUUAAUCGCAUCUCUGCUGUCCGGGUGCUAGGGCCAAAUGCGACGACAGAUCAAGAAGAGAGAAUGAUCCCCGUGCUCACCCCUAUGAUGGAGAAGCUGAGUUCCUUUGCGACAAAGAUAAUCGACUACAUUCGAGGAUUCAAGUGGAUCAUGAAGUAUGCAAGCGUCGACAAGUUCUUGAGGUGCUUCGACCCCAAAAGAACUGUCAUAAAAGACCCGUUUAAGCUCGCGCAGAACUUCUGGAACGAGCUAACAGAGUCGACAUAUGAGGCCAUGAGGUUCCUUGCCGAGUCCAACAGCGGAGAUAGUCGUACCACAAAGUUCGCGUUGGUCGACUAUUUGUCAACGAGAUUUGGAGAAACCGAGAUGACAGAGGUGUUACUCAGGGCUCAAGACUCUGGCGGCAAGAAAUUUAUGGCAAGGGCUGCAAAGCGACUGUUGGACGAACAGGUUCGUAGAUGGCUUCACAGUAAAACAAGCUUAGUCGACGUGUCCCGGUAUAUCUACCGACCAGACAGCGAUGACUUAGCUGAGUCGAGAUGGGAUCUAUUUGAUGACUACUACUUUGGAUUUAUUGGCCUGUUUGGGGGCGCUCAAAUAUUCGGAAAGACGGCGGGAGAACUGGAUAAAGCGGCUGCGUUGCUUCCGAUAUUGGCGAAAGGGAAGAAAAUCAGCGGCCACACGAGCGAUUUUGCAGAAUCUCUUCAAGACACGUUGGUUACUCAGUGGGUCUUGGGUAAGAAGUCUUUCCAAGAUUUUCUGUCGUUGCUAAACUAUCGCCCCGUCCAGUUCUUUGAAGUCGAGAGCAGGUUGGUCGUGAACCAGUUCAUCGAAGAAGCUGAGAUUUUUCAUGGGAAGAAGAUCGAUCUUUACAGUGCUUUACGAAAGGACUACGGUGACGUCCAAUUCUUCGAAGGGAUACUGAAAGCACAGAAGAACAAAGAGACUAGCACUGGGGACUGCGACCAGGCUAAGGAGUGGCUGUUUGGGCAGUGGGAGUUGGAGUUAUAUAACGAAGGUGAUGUGAAAAGACUUUUGGAGAUAUUUCGAGGGUCGUUUCGUGUGUCUGACCGCCAAAUUUCUAAAGCAACCGCGGCAGAAAUAGCACGCGAAUAUACUGCUUGGUACAAGUCACGCCGUACUGUAACGUUUGGCCCCAAGGCGGUUGUGCUUGAGUGA